AUGGGAGCUAUAUGUUGUUCAAAUUCACUUGAUAGGAAAGACGAUUCCUAUUAUGAGCCGAAUUAUAGCAGAUUUUAAAAUUCUAAUAGUUAUAAAAGACAACAUUAAAAACUUUCAUCACCAGGUAAGCCAACUGGAGAUUCAGAUGCAUUCUGGGAAUUAACAGACGAUUUAAUUAAUAAGCAUGAGACAGAUAUUAUGUUUAUAUGCAAUUACCAAGGUUUCAAGCCUAUUUUGAACACAUUGCAAGUAAAAGUUAAUGUAAAUGAUGAUUAUCCUCCACUUGAUGAUGUUAUCAGAACUAAUAUAGUAUUAGGCUUUCAUAAAUUUGAGGUUAUUCCAGAUACUUGUCAAGUAAAGGCUACAUUACUGCUUCAGAUUGAUUUGAAGAAUCCCGAUCUUGAGCUUACUUAAUACGAGGAUAUGAAUUUAGAAAUGGAGGCUGCAGAAUCUGCAGGAAGAAUUCACAUGAGACUAGUUAGUGAAUGA